AUGCCAUGGAGGCAGAAGAUGCCAUCAAUGGGGAACUCCAUGCAUCGCAGCAGGCACAGAGGACUUCACAAAUGGCUUGCAACCACUCAUCCUCUUGGUUAUGUUGAUAAGGCAUACAAACAUUUAGUGUCCUGCGUGCUUCCCAAAUCCACUGCCCACCAUGAGGGAUUGCCAAAUCCAGCCAAGGACAAACUCUCCAUCCAAGACUUCACUCGCCUCAUUUGUGAGAUGUCUCAAGGGACUGACCCUGUCACCAUCACUGCUCCUCUCAUCUUCAAUGGGGGUUCAACUCCUGUCUUUUGCGUCACUCUAACAUAUAUGUGCAAAUAUGCCCUGCAGGAUUCUACAUGGUCUUCGGAGAGGUUCUUGCAGGAAGCAUUCAUCAUUGCCACCAAUCAUCUUCAUAUCAACAAUAUCCCCUGGCAUGGUGCAGCAGGACUGUGUGGCAGACAGCAUCAGAAGCCUGUCUUUGAUUCCUGGGUCAAUCUAGGGAAGGCCAUUGACUCACAAGCUAUUGAGCAUCAUCAUACCCAGUUGAGCAAUGCUGCGGCUAAUGCAUCUCAACACGCCCAGGUCGCAGAUACCAGGGCAGCUUGGUCUGCUGAGUUGAUCACCUUGCAGUCAUUGGCCGAUUACAUCCUUCGCUCUCGUCUCCCUGACGAAUUCGCGAUUGAGAGACAAGGGAAUGUGACUAAUCCUGUCAUGCUCACGAAGGCAAUACGUGCUCUCCCAUGGAAGCCACACCGCGCGGUCGCAGAGGGUGCAAACUGCCAAGCCAAUUCAUCGCCAUGGUGCCCGCCUAUAUCAUCGCAGUGCACACCAGAUCCAUCAGCAAUCACUCUUCCAAACUUCAACAAUGAUAGCGAGGAAAAAGAGAACAGUGAAGAAACAGAGAACCUUCAAUUUCCCCUGGCAGAUCCACCAAGCCUACCAAGAGAACCCCCUCUACCACCAGCAUUAACACCAGUAAAGCCAAGGGCAACACAAGCCAUAGUACCAUCACAUAAACUCACCUCAUUGCACCCAGUACCCAUCAUUACACCACAAAUGUCGAACACUACAGGCCCACCAGCAUUAUUCCACAGCCAAAAUGAUGAAAAUGCACAGAACUUCCUGCAAGGUACAGAGAUGUACAUCCUAAUCAAUGGAAUCAAGGAUGAAGCAGUGAAAGUGGUGCUAUUCAGCACCCUUAUCUCUGUGGGAUCUCAGGCAAAUCUAUGGUGGACAAACCUUGAUGCAGCACACAAGGUCAAUUGUUCAGCCAUCAGGACAGCAUUUAUUGCCAAAUGGCUGGCAAUAGUUGUAGCAGACAAGACCAAACUGGAAUACCAGAAAGAGUUGUUAGUGAUACACAUGAAAGAGGAAGAAAUAGGGGAACACAUCACAGUUGCAGGAAUCGAGACAUGGUUGCAUGUACACUUCCACGGCACAUUGAGGAAACUGGUACAGGAUGCAGGAGUAGACAAUGCACCUAUUCUGAUUCAACCAGUUCAGGAUGCACUUCCAUGA